AAUGUAUAUAAAGGACUUCUCACCAUAUCACAAUAUCACAAUUAUUAGUUCCAACGACAACUUCAGUUUCUAAACCUUAAGCGAAAAAAUAAUCCUUAAUCAUGACGACGCCAACUUAUUUUCUUCAAGCUUUCAUGGGAUUUAUUUUACUCUGGAGUGCCACACCCACUUUCGCCGACAGUGUCAACAUGCCAUCCGGUUAUUAUGAGUAUUACUGCUAUAACACUCCAGUGUAUUGCUGUUGGAACACAGUACAGCUGAAUGGCAACUGGUCCUUGAUCCGAUAUCAUUCAGACGUCCAGAUCACUUGUGGGGACCUAAAUGUCAAUUCUGUUGGAGGCGACGGCCGUAGCCUCGACCUUUCCGCGACCUUUCGAACCUUCAGUUUUGAUCCCGUUGUGACGAAAGACAUCACAGUGAAUACGACAAGUUUGGAGUUCAGUAGUGGUCGAUGGGUUUCCAGGAAGAGACUUUUUGAUAUCAGACCCAACGCCAAUUACGAGAGGUCCAGCCUACUCUUGUUGGGCUACACGAUGAGUACGGGUGGUGCAGAAAUGGAGAGCUUUUUAUUCGCAACGUGCGAAAUGUACAGCCUCCAUGCUGGAUCGCCACCAGUCAAUACGAUUCGCGAAGUUGGGAUCCUUGCGAGGAAGGGUUUGGAGGAAAAAUAUGAUAACGUGACGUUGUUGGAGAGCAAGUACAAUAGGGCGUUGAAUUUGGCUCAGUUACCGUUAGUGGGUCAAAUUCUGCCACCACAUUUUCUUACCGGGUGUAAUAUAUGAUUUAUUUACAUGCGCCUAUAAUUUAUUUGAACAAUCCAAAUUUGUGGGCAUAAAAUAUUUUGAAAAAGAUUUUGAAAUUAUACGUACCUCAUUUGCACAAUAAAAUACAAGGAAUAAAAAUACUGCAUGUGUCACUGCUAGUUUCUAAGAUUCGA